UUGGUCUCUGGUAUUAUCGAUUUAAUUUUGUAGUUAUGGCUUCCUCCUAUUCAUAUCCUGAAUUAUUUUUGGCGGGUUUCAUAUUUAUUUUGCCAUUUUUAUACGAAAAAAGUAAUGUGUUUCGAUAUUACUUGAAGUUUUUUCUGUAUUAUGCGUAUGUUUUAAUAACAUGUACAGUUUUGUUACCAGUGGUACUUGUAUAUCCACGCGAUGUUACAAAUUUAAUGUACGCAAUUGAUUAUUUUCAUAAUGUUGCAUCCAGAUUUUGUCGAUAUGCAUCACAUAUAGUUGGAAUUGAAUGGGAGCUACGCGGAAUGGAGCAUUGGAAUAAUGACGAAUGUUACAUAGUAAUUUCAAAUCAUCAAAGCUCUCUAGAUAUAUUAGGUAUGUUUGAGAUGUGGCCAGUAAUGAAAAGAUGUACUGUGGUAGCAAAGCGACCAUUAAUGUUCACUGGUGCAUUUGGUUUUGGUGCAUGGCUAUCUGGACUUGUGUUUAUUGAUCGACUUAAAACCGAUAGAGCCCGAAAAUUGAUGAAAGAAGCUACAGAAAGAGUCAUUAAACAGAAGACAAAAUUGUGGAUAUUUCCAGAAGGAGCCCGAUAUAACAAAGGCAGUAUACAGAGCUUCAAAAAGGGAGCAUUUUAUUUAGCUAUUGAUGCUCAAAUUCCAAUAAUGCCCGUGGUUUUCAGUCAAUAUUAUUUUUUGGAUAGCGAAACCAAAACAUUUGAGCCAGGAAAAGUCGUAAUCACAACAUUGCCACCCAUAUCUACGAAAGGAAUGACUCGUAACGACUUGGACGCAUUAUCGGAAAUGGCUCGUCAACAAAUGUUAGAUGUGUUUCAUGAAGCUUCCAAAGAUCUCGUCAUGCAAAUCAAAAUUGCUGUUUAGGUGCAACGUUGCCACUUGCUCACUCGUCAUGCCAGUCGCUGUUAAAACAUAAGAUAUUAAACGAAUCUAGGCACCGAACUCUUCGUUACCACAGACAAAACAUGAGGUGGCUUUUAUUUCUUGUUUGCAAAGUUGAAAUACUGGAGAAAAGAACACGAAUAAGGACGAAUAUUAUUAGCUUAUGUUAAUUUUUCGUGAAAGAAAUAAUGAAAAACUGAGUAAAUAACAAA